AUGGAAACGCAUAGUUUGGGCUCAAACCUGGAGGACUCAGAGGCGGAAUUAUUGAGGGCUCAAAGGACGUUGGAGACACUACAAAUUCACAUUGAGAAUGAGACUGAGAAUCAACUUAACUCCGAAAACGCAGGAGUUUUGUCUACUAUCCGAGAUUUAGAAGACAGUGAAAAGAAGCUCACAUCCAUCGUGGAUCGAGCAUCGCAUGCCAUGCAAAUUCUAGCCGCUGAAAGCGAACUUCCUGAAGCAUAUGCUGCAAAAGAAAAUCUCAUUUUGAGUGUUGCAAUCCAGACCGAAGUCAUUCGAGCUCUGGAGAUGCAGUUGGCUCUACCUGAACGACUGCUGCACCCUGAUAUCAUAGAUCUCAAAUGGCUUACAGAAGUGGUUCAAGACACUAAUGAUGAUGAUACAUGCAAGGAUGCUAAAUUAGAGACCCUCCGCCGUUUGCAGACAGCUUCAGCCGAUACCCUUUCGCAUGUGUUCGAAUGGCUGGCAGAUGUGAUGUGA